CACAGCUGCCCCAUCACUGUUGCCCACGGUGUUCCUGAAGUGUGUGCACAGCCCUGUCCCUGAGGAUCAGUUAAGCUGGGAUCACAGUGUGGCUCCAGCACUGGAAUGCCUCAGCUGCCUCUUGGGCAGCUCUUUACAGCUUCUGCAGAGCCGAGAGGCAGAGUUUGGUAUGAUACCAUGGAAGGGCAGCACAACCAUCCUCAUCAUCUAGGGGACCAGAACAACCCUCUGUGCAAGCUGCCAGGGCAGGAAUUCCAGCAUGAUCCUCAGAGACAUUUAACGUCGUACCCGUAUCGCUGCACCUUGGCAGAUUUUCAGAUUGAGAAAAAGAUCGGCCGAGGCCAGUUCAGCGAGGUUUACAGAGCUACUUGUCUGCUGGACAGGAAACCUGUGGCUCUGAAGAAGGUGCAGAUUUUUGAAAUGAUGGAUGCCAAGGCAAGGCAAGAUUGCAUUAAAGAAAUUGACCUCUUGAAGCAACUGAACCACCCCAACAUAAUUAAGUAUUUGGAUUCUUUCAUUGAAGACAAUGAACUCAACAUUGUCCUGGAGCUGGCUGAUGCUGGGGAUCUCUCUCAGAUGAUUAAGUAUUUUAAAAAGCAGAAACGGUUAAUCCCGGAAAGGACGGUGUGGAAAUAUUUUGUGCAGUUAUGCAGUGCAGUGGAACACAUGCACUCCCGCAGGGUGAUGCACAGAGACAUAAAACCAGCCAACGUGUUUAUAACAGCCACAGGGGUGGUGAAGCUGGGAGAUCUUGGAUUAGGCCGGUUUUUUAGUUCUAAAACCACUGCAGCACAUUCCUUAGUGGGAACUCCCUACUAUAUGUCCCCAGAGCGAAUACACGAGAACGGCUAUAACUUUAAAUCUGAUAUCUGGUCCUUGGGCUGUUUACUGUAUGAGAUGGCAGCUCUGCAAAGUCCCUUCUAUGGAGAUAAAAUGAACCUGUUUUCUCUUUGCCAAAAAAUAGAGCAAUGUGACUACCCACCUCUUCCAGCUGAACAUUAUUCUGAAAAGCUGCGGGAGCUGGUGAGCAUGUGCAUCUACCCCGACCCAGACCAGAGGCCCGACAUCAGCUACGUGCACCAGAUAGCCAAACAAAUGCACGUGUGGACCUCGAGCACAUGAGCCAGAGCCGGCACAGCUCAGUCUUACUUGAAUUCUUUUUCUCAGCUGAACGCGACUGGUGCCAGGUCACACAGGUGGGAGGUUGAGCACUCGCAGCAGAGGCUCCAUCAUUUGCAGGUUAUUUGACAAGGACUCUUACAGGUGGUUGUGCUUUAACGUGAAGAUUCUGUGAGGUAUUGCAAGUGAUUCUUUUUUUUAUUUUUAAGGCAAAUAAUGUUACGGAUGUAGAUCAUUUAAGGGUCCUUUCUUAAAACUGUUGUGUGUAAUCUAGGAUAGCAGCUACUACCGAGGGCUCAGCGUUUGCCAGACCUUCUAUCUUAACUGUAAUGUGAAAUAUUGAAAUAAUUCCUUCAGCGAAAUCACUUUAUACUAAUGUAAGGAUUACCAUAGAUUUUGUGUAAUUUGUAUAACUGCUACUUUGCCUCUUCUGCAAAUGGUUACUAGCAAACUCAGUUUUUACUUGGCAUAUUUUAAAGCAGCCAUUUAUGUUUUUAUUAAUUUCCUCCUCUUCAGACUUAGGAACUGGGAAGCAUUGGGGGGGUGGGAAACCCUUUUGUUUCAUGAUUUCUUUUUUUUUAAUUGAAAACUUAAGAGUAUUUUGCUGAUGCAUUUCUCUGUCAGAGAUGAGUUAAACAUGAGCCUGGGGAAAAGAAGAUAAACAUGCCAAGCAAACCCAUACACCAGCCUUGCUCCUGCUCCUUUCCCUCAUUUUUCCCUUUUGGAAUGGUUCUUCACCUCCAGGUUCCUGUUUAAAACCAGUGUUUAUCAAAGCCAACUCAGUUUUGGUGCAGAGACUUUGACACGUUCAAUAGUACAUCGGGUACUAUCGGUGGAACUUCAGCAGUGUUUUAAACACUUGGAAAAUUUUAAAAAAAUAAAUGAAAUGCUUUGUGUAUGGAA